AUGGAGGCCGGAACUGAGGGAUCAAACUCAGCCAGAGAAAUCCGAGGCUCGGACAAAUCUUCUAAGACAGCAAAGGAUUUGGACAUUGAAGGAUACACAGUCGGCGGUUUGUCCAUUGGAGGCCAUGAAACAUGUGUACUUUUCCCCACACUUAAAGUAGCCUUUGAUAUUGGUCGCUGCCCACCUCGCGCUGUUUCCCAGAACUUCCUUUUGAUUUCCCAUGCUCACAUGGAUCACAUUGGAGGGCUACCAAUGUAUGUUGCCACACGUGGUUUGUAUCGAAUGAAGCCCCCUACAGUUAUUGUACCGAUUUCAGUAAAAGAGGAUGUAGAGAAGCUUUUUGAGAUUCACAGGAAAAUGGAUCAAUCAGAACUUCAGCAUAACUUGAUUGGCUUGGAUGUAGGAGAAGAGUUUUAUUUGAGAAAGGAUCUUAAAGUAAAAGCUUUCCGGACUUACCAUGUGAUACCUAGCCAGGGUUAUAUACUAUAUUCUGUGAAACAGAAACUUAAACCAGAGUAUAUUGGUCUUUCUGGAAAUGAAAUAAAGAAUUUGAAGUCGUCUGGUGUGGAGAUAACAUACACUUUGACAGAACCAGAGAUUGCUUUCACGGGAGAUACUAUGUCAGAUUUCAUCAUUGAUGAAAAAAACACUGACGUCUUACGGGCUAGAAUACUUGUGUUGGAGUGCACCUUUGUUAACGAUUCAAUCACUGUGGAACAUGCCAGAGAUUAUGGACACACUCAUCUGUCUGAGAUAAUAAGUUAUGCUGAGAGGUUACAGAACAGAGCAAUUCUUUUGAUUCACUUCUCAGCACGUUACACAGUAGAGGAAAUUGAACAAGCUGUAAGUGCAUUGCCUCCCAGUUUAGCCGGUCGAACUUAUGCGCUUACAGAAGGUUUCUGA